GUGGGGGAUCUGCAGAGAUGUUUUCCUGACCAUAUUAAGACGGUUCUGUCCCAGUAAAGAUCAGGCAGUUUUUAGCUCACUCGAUAUGAAGGUCUUAGUGUGUCGUCAUGGUGACAUCUGUUGAUGUUGGAUCAUGAGAAGAGAAAGUUUUAAACUCACUGGUCACACCAUAUGACACCAACAGCCUCUUUAUGUCCACAGCUGUAAGCUAAUGCUCCUGUAAUGUUCUCAGUGGUUUGCACAUUGUGUCCAGCUGAUGUUUUAUCAGCCAUAAUGAUCUCGCCAUAAAAGGAGCUCAAACAAGCGAGAAUUAGUCGAUAUGCCAAUAAAUGGUGUGUGAAUUGUGACUCCUUUAGGAUAUGAUGGGUUCUCUACUGGGAGUAGUUUCCACAAUAACAAAUUGCACCAAAAUAUGAGGCCCUAAAAUCAUUGUUAAUAUUGAGAAGGAAGACAGUCAAUCAGAGGCUCAUAGGUUCAUCUGGUUUCAUACACAACAAUCACAACUCAACUCAUAAAAAAUAAGUUUAAUAUUUUUGUUCUUGCCUGCAUGUUUCCUUGUAACGGUACUUUCUUGCAUUUGUACCUUGAAAUGAGGUUUUGUAAAUUUGCCCUGACCGCACCACGUUGAGACGGCCGGUUUUAAUCCAGGGUGAACAGGUCUUAGUAGAGCUGUUGUUCCAGAGACGGUUGAGACAAUCAGCCUCUGCUCAUCCUUUUACCGUCUGCUCUCCACACAACACACUAUGACCUCAUUUUUUGAUUUGGGUCCAAGUGUUUUCACAAGCUGCAUAGAAUAGUUUCACAAGAUAAGCCUACAGAGAAAACCACUCUAAGCUGGAGCUGCACUGACCUCCAUUAACACCAAAGUCCACUUUAGGAUAGAUUAUGACAGAGGCAUGUUGCACUGAUGCGAGCGCCACUCACUCGGAUCAUAUUGAGGACAGGAAGGCCAGUUGGUUUCUGAUUCUCCUAAGGAGAUUUACUCUUUUCACCCACUUCAUCAGUUUGUCCCAAUCAUUUCUAAGUACUUUCUCAUUCUUCAUUACUGCUUCAUUCACUCCAUUUGCUCCAGUUUUCUCUGACUGAUAAAACAACUCAAACCCAACCGAUUGGUGUCAAGUCAGUUUUUAUUGGGCUGUUUAUCCAAACAAUUCAUCUUCAACUAUUUAUUUCACAAUCAGUUUCUAAUUUGGAUUCCUUUUAUUUCAAAAACUAAAACUGAUUUUGAAUGUAGAAAAUAAUGUGUGGCUCUCUUACAGUAAUAAUAUUUCCAGAAGAUUUUCAUCUUACCAGGUAAAACUCCAGUUAGCAUUUAGACGCCUCGUUGAGUCCGACAGACACCAAGACUCUUUGACUCCUUCUGAUGUUUUGCAACUAAAAUCAAAUCAAGUGUUUGGAGAAAUAACUGCAGGAUGAAGAACAUUUCAUACACCUUACAGGUAUUUGGUGUUUGUCCAAAAAACACAGUUAGACUUAACAUGGUCUCUGAACAUAUCAAACAUAAUGGUUAGCUGAUGUUAAUAAAUAAGUUUUGUUCAGCAUCUGAGUGAAAGUGAUCACAAAGUGAUUGAGUGCAUAAAAUGUGGAGAGUUAGUGAUGCAAAGCUAUGAAACCAUCAAACUGAUCUGUAAGGAUGAAAAAUCUAUCUGUCUGUUUCUGUGAAGCAGUGAUUACAGACUGAACAAUGACAGUCAGCAGAAUGUUUUUUGUGUCUCUCUCUUGCUUUUCCGUGUCUCUCGGUCUCAUUCUGUCCCCGCCCAGUGUCCCUGACCUGUCCUAAUUCUAGCUGUCUGAGGGCAAGCAGAGAGUGGACAGAUGUUGUCAGCCGUCAGUGUGAUCAGCAGUGAACAGAAAGGAUUUAGUUGUUAAGUCCAUGACUAAAAAAAAGCUGUUGACUAAUGUGUCAUGCAAACAUUCAUCACAAACUGAUUUUCCUUCCUCCUGCUUCACUCUGAUUUUUAUUUUUUGAAUCAGCCGGGAUAUUUGUCUGUGCUCUUCAGAGAUAUUCCCACUUUUAGUUCUUCUGUCUGGAUUUCACACAUUUAACCUAAAGCUUUGGCUGAAAGUUUCAGAUCUUGUGAUUGCCCCACACUGAAGAUCUUCUGUCCAAACAUCAUCUGUUAAUUUUAUUUGUAAAAUUAUUAGCAUUUUGCUUUUGUUUUUUGCUUGGAAGCCCUCAUCUUAACUCAUCCUGUAAUAAACAGAGAAAUCAUCAAUAGUUUGGUGACUUCAGUUACAGAUUAGUGGGGAACUAAAAAAGCAAAGUCUGACCUCGUUUACUUUCGCUGAGAUCAGACUUUAGUUGUGCUGCUGGGCAGAUGCAGCAGACUGUUUCAUGAUUGGCUGUGUCAUUGAUAGAUGACAGUUCUGAUUACAGGAAGGAAAGCUGUUUGUCUGGUAAUCGAGGAGCGGAGCAGUUAAAGCAGCUUUGAUACAGCUGACCUGGUGUUUGACACGGCCAGAGAAAGUAUUUAUGUGACCCAGACAUGUGACACAGUUUCUGAAGUGGAUGGUUCCGGUACAGAGGGGUCAGAAACACGCUGCACCAACCAAACUGGUAUUUUGAGUCUUUCUAAUCUACACCAUGUUUGUAAUCUUUUAAUCUCAUCCAAUAAAGAAAGAAAAACUUUAUUUCUAGAUUUCUAUAAAUCUACAAUUGAAAGAAUAAAGCUUUAUGAGGUGCAGAAAGUAGUAAGAGAUUUUUUUGUCUUGUUCUGUAUUUUGAAAUAUAAGGAUAAUAAUGACAUUUUUUAUUCAAAUAUUUCAGCAAGAUUCUUUAAACUCCCCUCAGUGUCUUAUGUAAAUGAUGCCCUGAAUAAUUAUUCAGGAACUCACAUCCGUCCCUCCUUUUGAGAUCAGGUCACAUCAUUUCUUUCUCCCAUCUCCUCCUGGAUGAUUCCAAACUGGUCCUGGUCCUGGAAGGAGUACUCUGCUCCUUAACUGAGUCCUUCUCAACUCUGGACUCUCCUUUCCUUUGAUUGUAUCUGAAGAGAGGUGACCAGGAGUCUCCAGACGUUGCUCACCUCGUCUCUGACGCAGUCUGACCACCGUUUUAGGGAGGUUCAGCUCUGCUGAAAGGAUCUUAUUCAUGAUCACUGGAACUCAGACGUAUCAGGACAGAGAACAUGGAUGGAGCUGAAAGCUAAAGCUGCAUCAUCAUUCACAACACAGCAUUUCAAGGCACUUUACAGAAAAAAAGUUAUCAUCAAACAGUCCAUCAAGUUCAGUUCAUUACUCAAAGUAGUUAAACAAGUUUUCUAUCUAAGGCACUGGUCUCAAGCAGCAGUCCUUAAGUCCUGCGACCUUUAGAUGUAUUUCUGCUUCAGCACACUGGAGUCCAAUAUUAGCUCAUUAGCAGAGCUCUGCAGAGCGUGACUGCAUGCUUGUGAGACAGUUUUGUGAUUUAGGUCAAGUGUGUAGGAUAAGGGACACAUCUAAAAGUUGUAGGACUCUGGCCCUGAUCUAAGGAAACCCAGCAGAUUGAUUGAGUCAUUGAUUUGCAGCAUUCGCUCCUGGACAUAGCGACAGUAGACAGACACCAGCGUUGUGUCCUUGACUUUGCAGCAGUUCCUCAUACCAAUCAUGCAUGUAGCGACAGUGGAGAGGAAAGAUUCCCCUUUAACAGGAAGAAACCUCCAGCAGAACCAAAACCAUCAAGUUUUCAGUUGUUGCUUUUAACAAAGAUCCUAAAAAGAUCCAGAUUAAAACUGUUUGUUUUGAUUCAAAUCUGCCUCUUUCUCUGAGUUUGGAGCCUUUCUAUUACAGGACUGGAUUAUUUCUGAACUUUCUGCAAUUCAAAACAUCAUAUUUUUGUUUAAAGUGGAUCAUUUGCAUUGAUUGAUCAGGAUGAAACUCGAAUUGAAUCAAGAGUCCAGCUGUGUUGUUGUUCUGAUGAUCUGCCCAUCAGAACCAGUGACGUCUCUGUUCCUCUCCUCCUCUGGAUGCUCUCUCUCUGUCUGCUGCCCUCAUUUCUCCCCUCCCACUCAUCACUUUUUAUUUCAGCCUGAUCACUUCGGCGCCGCUCUCAGUGAAACCAUCAGCUGUGAGCAGACAGCUCCUCCGCUGCGCCUCUUUGCUCCACCUUUACUUUCUAUCUACUUGUGGCCGCUGUGGCCUCUGGUUUCAGCAGAACUUUGGAUCCUCCUCCAGCCCACCAUGCGGUCUCUGCUGGAGAGCAGCUGGAUGAGGUUUGGCCCUGCAGGUCGGGACUCUCUGGACUGGUCCACUGUCCCAUCACCGCUGCCGUCCACCGACAGACAGGCUACGGGUCAAGGUUCAGGUGAAGCCAUCAUCAGCACCAGAUCCAUCACCUACAUCGUCAUAGGAACGGCUUCCUUCCUCGUCCUUUUGGUGAGCAUCCUUGGCUUUCUGAUUUGUCGGCGCCGGCGGGGCUUCCGUCUGGAUGGGAAGCUGGAUUUGGCCAACGUGAUCGCCCUGGAAGAUCUGCAGGACCCGGAGAGGAACUGUGAGCUGCUGUCCUCCCUGCGCCGCAGCAGGGGCCAGUUUCCCAGCAGCAGCUCUGAACAGGAUGUGUCAGAUGGGGUGUUCCUCAUGGUCUACCUGCCCUCGCCCUAUGAGCAGACCCUCACCAGGAUCGCCAGGGCGGCCAGCACAAGCAGCUCCAAGGAUGUGGAGCUGCUGCCAUCCAGUCCUGGACCAGAGACAGGAGAGUCAGAGAAAGAAGGGAUGGGAACCAAUGAUGAAGUAAUACUGAAGGCAGAAAACAUGACUGAAUAAAUGUGAAACAAGAAAGAGGACACUAAAGGACAGAAUUCAACAAUAAAAGACAUUCAUUAUCCAAAUGAUUUCUUCUCUCUAAUGCCUCUCGGUGAGCCAGACUUCUUCAGAAAGGUCACAUGGUAGAAGAAGAGAUCACUGCUCCUGUGCAUUUAACAUAAUUUGGCUGACCAGGAUUCAGAACAUACCAUCGAUCCACCGAUUCAUUUGCUGUUGAAAGGGACACUGUUGCCACGGUUUCCCUAUAGAUGACCAUUUAAAAUCACACAAACACAGAACUAUGAACUAGAACUUCCUCCCCAUGAAGCCGACCUGAACCCAGGAGAUAUUUACAGGUUAAAAUCCUGAAACAUCCCUCGUUCAAAAACACCAGCAGAAAAAUCCCUGCUUAUUUUACAUUACGGUUUGUAAAAAUGUAAAUCUGCGCUAAAGAGAUUCUAUUUUUUACUUUACUUGUAUAUCUGUUUUAUUAGCUGUAGCAUGGUUGUGUUUUUUACCUUUGAACUUUCCUGCUCUUGUAUUUGAACAGAACCAGCUGGAUUGAAAGUUACAGACAAAGGUGAUUAUUUGUACCCUGUCUUUGAAGACUACUAAUAAAGUAAGCUUAAAGCA